GUGUAGCCGUUUCCUGCACAGGGUUUUCUGUUUAGCGCAGAGGUUUUGGUCUGAAAACCCAGGCGAGACACCCAGACAUGAAUUUCAAAAUACGCCGUGCUGCAAAAGAGGACUGCAAAGACAUAUCGAGGAUGAUAAUGGAGUUGGCGGUUUAUGAAAAAAUGCCGGACCAGGUGAAGAUUUCUCAUGAAGAAUUAGAACGCGAUGGUUUCUGCCAGAACCCCUUCUUUGAAUGCCUCGUUGCAGAAGUACCAGAAGAGCAUAAAUCUAAUGAAGGAUUUACAAUCAUUGGGUACGCCCUAUACUUUUACACCUACAGUACAUGGAAGGGACGUGCAGUAUAUGUGGAGGACCUGUAUGUGAUGCCAGAGUUCAGAGGAAAUGGCAUUGGCACAGGUUUACUGAGCAAAGCUGCAGAGAUUGGGAAAAAGAAGCAGUGUGUGCGGCUGCAGUUGUCUGUGUUAAACUGGAAUACUCCUUCUCGAGACUUCUAUGCUGGUAAAGGAGCUCAGGACCUCACUGUCACUGAAGGCUGGCACACCAUCCGCUUUGAUGGACAAAACUUGGACAAGUUAGCAAAUGAAGCACCUAAAGAUUAGAAAGUUGACGAGAACACUUCAGUAUUUCUUUUUUUGUGUCUUGAGACCCGCAAAAUAUGUGACGUGACUCCCUGUGAUUUUCUGCCUCUGUUGAUCAGAAAGAUUGUCCUGCCAAGUCACAUAAGCACAGACCCCUGCUGAAAGAAACACUUCAGCCUGAAUAGCAUAAAUCAGCACUCUAAAAUGUUUCAGCUACAAGCAAAGCACAGCAAAUCAUCUGCAGUCUUCAUGUACACGUCUGAGGAAAUGAAAACCUAGUGGAUUGCUUUCACUUUUGAUUAGUGCUCCCAUUAUAAUAGGAAACUCCUUGUUAGAAAGACGUGCAGCUACUUUGAUCACUGUUAUAAUUUAAAGAUAGAUACUGAAACAGCCUUUUAAGAACAUGGCUUAAAUCCCAAACUCUGUCAACAAGAUUUUUUUAACUGUACCAUUUAUAAAUGAUAAUAAAAAUGAUUUAUUUUAAACUCUUUCUUACUUUUACAUUAUUUAUGACCCAUCAGCAAAAUGCGACUUGACUCAUAUUGGGUAAAUCCAGUCCCUGAUAUGACACCAUAGCUUACCAGCAGGUGGCUUUCAACCAGCUGUGAGAUACUUUGAAAGUGAUAUGUCCAAAGCAGUUGGCUGUCUACAAUAGGCAUUAAGGAACUAAGUGGGUAUUGAGGAAGUGCUGUUACUAAAUAGAUUGUAUGGCCAGAUCUGAGCUCCGAGCAUUUUGUGUGUGGAUUAAAAAAGUCAAAUGAAA